AUGGCUUUGUCAAUCGAAUGCUCCGGUGUGGACCUUUUCAAAUAUCUCAAGGCACUAAAAUCCCAACCCGAAAAUGAAACAUCUCAAAGACACCGGGUCGAAUUACUCCUCUCCAUUAUCCACUUCCAAGUGAUGAAGAAGCAGAUGCUCGAGCCAUCAUCCCCAGACUUCCAAUCUCAAUCUGGGUCUUCUUACAUAGGUGUAUGUGCUAGUUCGACCAGGGCUCGCGCACAUGGGCAUCCUGAAGGUUCGUUUUGGUACGGGUCAGAGGGCAAGAGCAUCAAUUUCCCGGCUGUGAUGCGACCCUCAAGAGCUUUGAGUCGCAAUGCAACAGCCCCAGAGAUGAUAGCGAUCAUGUGUGGGCUCCAUGCCAAGCAGAGACAUCUACACAAAGAAGACCACUUCGCAUACACACUUGCAACAGACGGUGAUAUCUUCAGAUUCUUCCGCAUGAACGAGGAGGGCCAGCCGACUGAAACACAAUGCCGGAGCGGAAAUGGCUACGAAGAUGCUAUUUUGCUUCUUGUGGCGGUCUUUAAUAAUGCUUUGGUUCCACCCGGUGCCCGCACGAUAUCCCCUGCCGCACAUGAGGAUAUUACCGGUAAGACUACUCAUUCCGACUUGCAGGUUGGAGACGGAUCGCCUUUACCGAACUUAAGCAAAGUCCCAUCUCACACCCGAAGAGGAAAUCACCCAAGAACCUAUGAACCAGACACUGAUAAAGAUCAUAAAGAGGAAGAAUACCACAAAGAUCACAGUCGCAUGCAAAAAAUGGCCGUGCGAGUGGGCGUGAACGUGUACAUGAAUGUGCUACAGGAACUGCCGAUUCCGCUCAGCCGCUUGGCGGAAAGAAAAACACUCGGCCUAAUCCAGCAAGUGAUAUUCGAAGCGAUAGGGAGCCCAUUUGAGGAGAUACACUACGGCGACUGCGAAAAAGGCUUUCCUCACUAUGGGGCGGUAUUCAUGAGGAACUUCGAUAUUGAGCUAAAGAAAGUGCUGGAAGAGGUUGACUUUGAGGACUACAAUGAUAACCAGAAAGUGCUCAAGCGUGCAAUUCGGAUGGCUGUUUUGGAGGAAAUCAGCCCUGUAUUCGAGGAGAUACUCCUGGAGGUGCGUGACCAGAAGGUGGAGAGAUUUUUCAAGUAG